AUGCCGCCGGCUCGGCCACGAAACGUCGACGACUCCCGAUCCGAGACCUCUAGUACGGUGACCAACCAGAAAGACAAGUCUGUCCUAGGACCGACCAGCGGAUCAGGUGUGGGCAAGGGGAAACGCCUGGCGUCGAAUCUGCAUGCGUCGACGAGUGCGAACAAAGCCGCGGCUACCAGUACGGCUGCCGGCGAAGAAGGUCCAGGCGAAAAGAAAGACCCCAGUCUCCCACGGACGGGAUGGGAUACCAUGUCCACGUCCGUCCUCCGCACCUACAGGAUCGCCCACCGUCUCUCUGUCCCCUCGACAUAUAAUCAUCCCCAUGCGGAUUUGAUCUACACAUCCUCGGACAUUGCCCUGCGAGCGCCGUCCGCCGUCCAGUCUCGACGCAAAUUGCGCGAGCAACGACACCAACAACGGAAACUGCAGCAAGCACAGAGGAAUGGAAAUGAAAAGAACACUAAGACGUCAAAGGAUAAGCGGAAGUUGGAUGCUCAAAAUGCGCAAGCGGAACCGAACCAGUCGAUAGCCAAGUCCAUCGAACCCCCUGAUCAUGGACCUGACCAAGCAGAUUCAUCCUCCUUCCCCUCAACGACUCAUAUUGGGCCCCGUGAACCACCAGGCCACCUUGCAAAUGCCGUCCGCAAGCACUUCAAUGCGCAGCAACUGAGCGAGGCCGACACGAUCGCCAGGUUCAUCUACGUCGUCCAGCAGAAUCCCCGAGGAGUUCGCACUGAAGGAUCCGGUGGUGACGGGACCGGUUAUUUUAUCGGGAGCCAUGGUCGCGAAGUGCGGAAACUGGACGGCCCUGGCGGUGAAGUUGGGUUCAGACUGAGGUUUCGCCCUUGA